UUUGGAAGAUUAGCAAUCCCGGGGAAAUUUUAUGGUCCUCAAAGUGGGUCCAGCUCCCAAUCCACAGAUAUGUGGCUGGCAUUACCUAUGGUACACUGUUCAGAAGAAGCAAUGACCUUAACAGCGGCUGGAAGAGAAUACACAUACAUCUUUGUGGAAAGAGUGGAUGCAGCCCCACUGCAUUUAUUCCAGGUACCUGCAUUUUGCGGUUAUUCUGUCAGGGUCACAUGGGAAGAUCUGGUCCUAGUGGCCCCAUAUGAUGGGUGCUACAUCAUACAAGAGAGUGGCAGUUAUGUUCUUUCACUGCUGUGGUGGGGCAGUCCCAUAAAGAUAUCCUGUCCUAUGCCACCUGUGAUCUCACAACCAACUCCUUCUGCCUUGUGCUCUCAUUUUGGCAUGGUCAUUACAAUAGAAGGAGCCCGGGAAGCUGCAGAAAAACACCGGGUUAAAGUGAAUGGGAAAAUACUGCCUCUCCUAUCUGAGACAUGUGCAUAUCGCAUACAUUCUCCUCCUGAGAUUGUUCUACUUCAUACUGUUUUCAGCUCAAGAUGUGUGACUGUUACGGAAAAAGAAAACCUCCUCGUUGUGAUUUUGGAUGGAAAGCAGUUCACCCUCUCUUGUCCCUUUCUUCACCACCUGAUUCCCUUUCUUCCUUACCUUCAUUCUCAUCCAUACCAUAAAUCACUGCCACCUGCUUACAUUUAUCCCAUAUAUCCCCUUCAUCCAGCACCUCUUUUUGAUGCUCCUAAACCUUCUGUUCAAACACAUCUGUCUCUACCUGUGGAUCAAAUACCACAAACACAUGAAGAGACCGUACCUCAAUACCCAAUGAUACACCCUCCACAAUAUUCACCGUACCCUGUAUCCUGUCCCCCUUAUCCUGAGAGAUUCUGUUCUCAGUACCCCAUGCCAUACCAUCAUCCCCCAUAUCAUCAGCCAGCCAUGACCACUGCUUCACAACCAACCAUCCAGCCAAUGCCAUGGACAUCAUUUCCUCAGCCUACAUACAAUCCUCUGACCCCUCUGGUUAUGCAAAAGACCCCACUCCCCGUGUUUCCUACGAUUCCCUCUUCACAACCCCCCAAGAUGUCUCCGUCUCUUAAUUGCAUGAGGAAUAAAAUAAUGGCAACUUUGCCCUCGGCAAGAGCGGACUCCAUUAAAGUCAAAGAUACGGAGACAAAUACCUGGAUCUCCAUUGCAUCUGUCCCAGCAGCCUGUAAUUACACACUCCACUCCAGAGGUGGCAGUGUUGUGCUCUCUUCACCACUGCCUUCCUGCCACACAAAAAAAAUGUCCUCCACAGUGAUCUCUCUGUCUGUCAGGUUCUGGGAUCUCUCUCAACUGCGAUACCGAACCCUACAGCUUCAGUGUCAGUAUAUUGAAGAUAUAGAUACACAACCAUUACACCAAAUCAUACCUCACCUUACAACCAAACCCACAGCCACUCAACCACCCUCUAAAUUUGAAGUGUUGUGUUCUAGCCAACACAUGAGUGUAAAACUGCCACCUGGACCAACAUCUAGCCUCUUUGUAAAGGCCCCUUCCAAUGGGAUAAAAACAGAAGCUGUUCCUAUUUUGGAGGCCCCAAGUCAUUGUGGGUACUCUGUAAAAAGGGGUCAAGAUGGUACCAUCAACAUCCUCCUGCCUUACUCUUCCUGUCACAUGACUCAGAAGGAUGGGCUGUACAGAAUUAUAUUAAAAUAUCAGACACCGAAAGGGCUCAUAGUUGAGUCAUUGCUGUCGUGUCAGAAUUUGUUCAGUCAAGAGUGUAACGUUGCACCUGAUCAGCAGUUGGUCUGUGGAUCUGGGGCGUUAUCGUCAUCAGAGUGCCAUGACAGAGGCUGCUGCUAUUCUACAGACACCCAAUCAUGUUAUUACCCCAUGGACGAAUGCACAGUGGAUCGGCAUUUUGUUUUCUCGAUUCACUCAUCCGCCGCGGAUCCACCCCUAUCCCUCGCCAGCCUCGUCACAGCUGGCGACAACCCUUGCACACCCCAAAAAGUUACUGCUGACUGGGCCCUCUUCAAGAUUCCUCUGGAUGAAUGUGGGGUGCGCAGAUAUGAGGUGGGUAAAACGGUCAUCUACAUGGUGGAGAUCCUGAAUAGAGUGCAGCCCCUCAGUCUAAGUUACGGCACCAUCACUAGAGAGUCGCCUACUACUGGUUGAGUGUCGGUAUUUACCUGGAUCUGUGAUAAGUGUGGGUUAUCUGGUGAAAAGCCCCUCCCUCGGACCUUCUAUC